AUGGGUGAUCUUGUACCAGCAACGGCUAAACCAAAAGAAGGACCAUCUUCCAUCCAAUGUCCUAUGUUAACAUCUACCAAUUACACAGUAUGGGCAAUCCGGAUGACGCUUUGCUUGAAGGUUCACAAGGUUUGGGAGACCAUCGAAGAAGAGACGACGGACGUUGAGAAAAAUAACAUGGCGACAGCGUUAUUGGUUCAAUCGAUACCGGAGACACUUGUUCUACAAGUAGGGACACUUGAUACAGCAAAGAAAGUCUGGGAGGCAAUCAAAACGCGUUACAUGGGUGUAGAACGGGUCAAGGAGGCUCGACUUCAAACCCUAAUGACCGACUUUGACCGCCUUAAGAUGAAGGACUCUGAGACUAUCGAUGACUUCGUGGGGAUGAUAUCCGAGAUAGCUUCUAAAUCGGCCUAA